CUGCUACUUGUCAACAAUGUCACAAAAAACCCGCGAGAUGUUAGCUGCUGUUGUGUUUAUUUUUUAUUAUGAAUAAUUAUGAUUGCAAUAAUUUACCGAUAAAAACAAGCCAAAUAAUUAUCAAAAUGCCGAAAGCAGCGCGAAAAAUGCUCCAAAGCGCCUACUCUUACGACGAACCGGAUCGAAUGCCGAGCAACAUUACGAUAACAAACUUCGAUCUCUUUCUGUAUGUGGUUGCGAUAGUUGGACAUCUCGUAGAUUUAGGGCUCGACAUCAAUGUGGCGGUGCGGUACUCCCUAGAGAGGAAAAUGAUGGAGUUCGGGUGGACUUUAGCGUUUAUACUCCUACCAGCAUUCGUUAACACAGCUGUCUCCAUUAGAAUGUAUGCCCAAGAUAAACAGCAGGAUUCUGUUACCAAUGAGUUCACUAAAAGGAAGUGGCUACGGAUCUUCAUCCUAGUGCUGCAGAUGGCACCAAUCCUGCGCUUCACGGACGCUCUCAUUUACGCAGUGAAGUCGCGGCGGGCGGCGCGCGCGCACGACGCGGCCUCGCAGCGCAUGUACUACGCGCUGAUGCUGAAGGAGGACUCGGACGCGGCGCUGCUGCGCGUGUUCGAGUGUUUCCUGGAGGCCGCGCCGCAGCAGGUGCUGCAGACCAGUCUGCUGCUGCGCCAGUACGACCGCCUGGCCGUCCACCAAAUUCUGUCGAUAAGCUCUUCAGUAGUGGGCAUGGGCUGGUGCCUCGCGGCCUACCAGCGCGCGGUGCGCUUUGCCCAGCAGGACAAGCUCAACAUGAGCUGGCCGGGCACUGCGCUGCAGACGCUGUGGCACUUUCUGGUCACUUUGAGCCGAGUGACUUCAAUGUCAGCCAUCGCCUACCUGUUUCCAUACUGGACCGUGCUCGCUUGUGCCAUACACAUCUUGGUCAUGACCACCUGGCUCCAGCUCUUUGACCGGUCUCCGUUCUGUUCCCACAACCAACUCGGCCAAAUAUCAUUCUCUCUGGCUCUGGGAGCUGUAUACUUAUUCACAUACAUCUUGCCUGUAGAAGGUAGAACUAGAUAUAGGUACGCCGCAUACUAUUCAACAUGUUUCAUACAAAAUAUAACAUGUAUGGCACUCUGGUAUGUCUAUGCAGACAACUUUAUGAGGUCUUCCAUAUAUUUUUAUCCAAUGUUAGUGUUGUGUGUAGUGCCUUAUGUGUUGGGUUUAGUGUUUAUGGUUGUUUAUUAUGCUUUUCUUCAUCCAAAACCAAGCAAGGUAUGUGAUGUUAGUGUGGAAUUUAAAACUGAUGAGCAUGUCGCUCAAGUUAGUUAACAAAUAGAGAAUAAGAACCAUAAGAGCGAAGUCUAAGGCACAAUACACACUGUCAGAGUGGAGUGCAGCCGCAGCGUAUUUAGGUUCUUUACUAAAAGAAUUCACAGUAUAGCACUAUCGGCUGGAAAAUAUUCCAGCCGACAGCUGCCAUAUUUAUUAUUUCUUUUUAUAGCCUGUGGCACUCGGAAUGAUGUAAGCAUUCUUAGGAUAGGUAGGAUUAUACAUUCAAAUCUGAUGAGGCAUUUAGAAGUUCCCUGAAAACUUUGUACUCCUUGUUUUGAGCAGUUGUGUAAAUAGAAAUUCUUAUGAUGGGUCAUUCACAGGUGGUUUGGAACUAUCAACUCGCUGCCUCCUCUCCACUCUAGUGAUGCAAUGAGAUCUAAUUUUAAUUAAUUAUAGAUCGUUUUGUACCUACUUCAUAAUGAAAUUAUUUGUAAGGUUAUACAAUGUUUUAGUACUUUAUACAUUUUUGUUUCUGGUAAGGAGUUUUGAAUAAAGUGGAGGCGAUUUACGCAUAGGUACUGCACGGAAAAUGAGAGGUUUACUGACGAACCAAUCGCGCGGCAGCAGAUGCCUGCCUUCUCGCCUCACUUCAUACCAACAAUAAGAUUGAUUUUAGUUGUAUGGUGUAAGAUCCAAACCCUUUUUUGUGGGGCCAAUUUCUGUAACCAGUAUUUUAUAUUGUAUGGUAAGCAAUUUUAAACAACUUACUGAUUUUAUUACAUAAUAU